AUGAUCAGAUCAACACUAUCUUCAUGGAGAGAAUAUCUAACUCCCAUUUCUCAUAAAUCUACCUUCAGGGAAACUGGUAUGAUCACCCCUGAAGAAUUUGUUGCAAGUGGCGAUUAUCUACAACAUAUGUUUCCCACUUGGAAAUGGAACGGCACUGGUAUUGAAAGUAGUGAAAACCCUAAAUCUGUUUUGGAGAUCAGGGAUUUCUUACCAUUAGAAAAACAAUUUUUGGUUACUAGGAAAGUGGUCUGUGAUAAAAGGAUAUCUGAAGAAAAUACGGAAAGUAAUGCUGGAUGUAGUAGCGACAAUUUUACUGAAGAAGAAAAGGAUGGUUGGGUGCUAGAAACUGUUGAUGAAAGAUAUAAUUAUAAUACACUGACUAGUAAAACCGGAGAGCCGCAGCAAAAUAGCAAUGCAAAAACUGUUGCAGAAAAUGAAAUACAAGAAAUACUUGAUGAGGAUGAGGAUGACGAUAUUGUCACUCCGUAUGAAUUAGUUAAUGAAAAUAGAAGGUAUUAUGAUCUAUAUAUUACUUAUUCCACUUCUUAUCGAGUGCCGAAAAUGUAUUUGGUUGGGUUUGAUUCCAAUGGACUACCAUUAACACCGGAUCAAAUGUUGCAAGACAUAAGUCCGGACUAUAGGGCCAAAACUGCCACUAUUGAGACAUUGCCUGUUUUUAAAAAAUCAAAGAAAAAUAUUAUUUCGAUAUCCAUACAUCCUUGUAAACAUGCCAACGUAAUGAAAAUGUUAAUUAAUAGGUUAUUGUUAAGGAAUAACGACCCUGAUCGAACUAAAGAUGAUGGUAGUAUGGACGAUCUAGGAAAUGAAGAUGACUGGGAAGUUUUACAAGACUCCGGUUUAAGAGUUGACCAAUAUUUAAUAGUUUUUUUAAAAUUUAUAAGUAGUGUCACACCAGGUAUUCAAUAUGAUUAUACCAUGGAAGGUUUAUAA